UGUGAUGGCAAAUGAGUUUAUUUUCAAUUCCAUCCACUCUCUGUCUGAGAUUUAGAAACAGAUGCCAUUUACCUUCAAGAGUAGCAAAUUUUUGCAGAAGUGCAAGUACCACAAAAUCAUCAUUAUACAAAAAAGACAAUUCUCUCGACAGGAUGAAAUUGUUAAUUGACACUGACCCUGGGACUGAUGACUGUCAUGCGCUGACACAUUUGUUAAAGCUUGGAAAUGUGAUAGCCAUCACCAGUGUAUUUGGCAAUGUCAAACAACCCCAAACUGCCCAAAACGCCUGCAGAAUCUUGGAUAUGCUUGGUAUGAAUCAUAUACCUGUGUACAACGGAGCACACUGCAGUCUUCAAAAGGUUUUUCACUUAGAAAACGUCUAUUGUCACGGUGUUCACGGCUCUGAUGGAAUGAAUGAUGUUCCAGAUGUGGUUCCAGUGACUGUUGAAAAACAACCUGAAUUAGACAAGACGUCUCCUGACGCUAUAAUAGAUAUUGUUAAAGCAAACCCUGGAGAAAUAACACUUGUUGCUCUUGGCCCUUUAACAAAUGUAGCCAUUGCCACAAGACUCUGUCCAGAAUUACCAAAACUUGUUAAAUCUCUUUACAUAAUGGGUUCAAGCUCUAAAGUAGGAAAUGUUACACCAUGGGCAGAGUUCAAUUUCCAUUGUGAUCCACUUGCGGCCCAUGUCACUCUUCAACAUUUCUGUUCAUUGAGUAUGGUCCAUGUCGUACCCUGGGAACCUUGCUUGGAAAAUUGUAUCACUUUCAAACAAUGGGAUUCUUUGUUUGAAGGAAGUGAUGGCUCUCCAGCUAAAACCUUGAUACAGGCUACUGGAAUGACAAAAUGGCUCAGAAGCAGAAAGAAGGAGGAUAAAGAGGGUUAUGUUUUUGCAGAUCAGUUCAUCUCAAUGAUUCUUGUUUAUCCUGAAUCCGUUAUUGAGUCAGAUUAUUAUGAUACUAUGACUGUCAAUUAUGAUGAAAAAGACGAGAAAUUUGGGCUUGCUGAGUAUAAAAGAGAAGAUUGCUCUGAAAAGAAAGAAUGUGGCCUACUUGUGUAUACUAAAUUUGAUAUGAAUUACAUGAUGAAGAUUUAUACAAAUUCCAUGAAACAUUAACUAUUAAGUCACCAAUCUUCAUAUUAAUGUAAGUGGAUGUAAAAGGAUGCUUUUCGUUUUAUUAAGUUGCUUUUAUCUUAAUGGAUGAUUACAGUUUACUGUUGACCAAUACUUUUUAUCAUAUUAUCUUUAAUUUAAUAAAUAAAUUCUAACAUUUAUGACACGCUUGGACAUCAAAAUAUAACAAACGAAAAUGUACAUUUAGCUCAUUCAAUAUGAUGUUUAUUGAUUAUAAUG